AUGUCUUUAUCCACUGCUAAGACUAACAAUUCAGAAAAAGAAACACAAGGUUUGAAAGACAAUGAACAAAUUUCAAAUAAAACUAACAAGCAAAAUCUAAAAAUAGCAGAUCAAUCAUCUGCUUCCAAUGGAAAUUGUCCAAAUAUUCCCUCUAAUAACUCGAAUAAAGGUAAGCAAAGCAAUAAUGUUCUACAAUCUGGACCUGUUAAACGUCCAUCCCCAACACCUUUAAAUCUUCCAAAGCCAACGCUGAAUAAAAGCGAAGAACAUCCAGUUGAACCACCAAAAACAAGAGAUAGUACCACUCAAUCAACAUCAAAUCAAGAUGAAGAAACUAAUACGCUUAAAAAUAAAUUUACAAAUCCAGUUAAGUUUGUUCGUGCACCUAGAAAUCAUGGAAGGACUAAGCCACAAUUAUCAGAAAAAGAAAUUGUUCAGGAUGUUAGAUUUUCUGGAAAUGUCACAAGAGAGCCCGUAGCUCAGUCAGCACGUGUCUCACGCCCACAAGGAAACUCUAUUCUUACAUUUGAUCCAACUCAACCACCUGAUUUUACCGAAAAAUAUUCAGUUCAGGCAAUAAUGUUGUGUGGAUUAACUCCAGAAGAAUUGCAAUAUCCGACAGAGUCUCAGCUAAAUACAUAUUCACAUAAUCCAAGAAUUAGAAAGCAAGUUCGUGACAAAUUAAUUGAGAAUAAAGACGCUUUAAUUGCAGAAGUCACAGCUAAACGUGAAGAGCUUGUAAAAGCUGAUCAGGAGAAAGGAAAUACUGAUUCUGAACUUAAGUCAGUAACUGGAUCUGUUUCAAAAGAAGAUCAGCGUCAAGUUGAAGCAAUUCAAAAACGACAGAAACGAGAAGUUGAGCAGCUCCUUUACAAUAUUGUUCUUCAACGGCAAAGAGCCGAGGAACAAAAAAUUUGUGAGCAAAGAGAGCUCGAAAAACAGAAACAAAGAGAAGAAGCUGCAGCCAAAAAGGCUGCUGAAGAAGCCGAAUGGCAAAGGAAGAGACAACAAGACUUGCUUGAGAAAGAAAAAGCGAAGCAACUUCAAGAAGAAGAGGCAAAGAGGAUUGCAUAUGAAAAAGAACUUAAGCACAAAGAAUAUCUAGAAGAAGAAGCAAAAAGAAGGCAGGCGGAAGCCAAAGAAAACGAGCGAAUUCGUAAAGAGAAAGCUGAACAAAGAAUCCAAAAGAUUGCAGAAAUUGAAGAGAAGCGAAGAGAUCAAAUUCUUGAGAAACAGAAAGAAGCCGAAAUGAGAGAACAAAGGAGACAAGAAAUGCUUCAAGAAGAAGCUCAAAGAAUGGCAAUUGAAAGAGAAGAACGAAUGAGGCAACAAGAAGAAGUAAAAAGACGGAUCCAAAAGAGGACAGAAGAAGAGGCAAUGAGGAGACUUAAAUUAGCGCAAGAAAAAGAUUUAAGAGCACAACAGAAUAUAGAAGCAUAUGAGGCAGAGAAACAGAAAAUAAGAAGGGAAUUUCAGCAAAAAGAAAAAGAGAAAAUCGAAAAAUUCCACUCAGCCAGAGAAAGUUUGGACAAAAGAAGAGAUGAACUCAACAGAAAACUUCUCCAAAGUAUGGAAGACGCAGAGAGAAGAUGCAGGCAAUUAGAGCACGAAAGGAUGAUCAAAAUUAUGGAAGCUCAACAAGGAUAUUCGCAGAACCAAGUCAAAAUCAAAGAGAAAAUGGAACAAAUCAAGAAACAAGAGGAAAAAAGAAGCCAAGAAAUCCUUCAGAAACUCAAAGAUGCAGAACAAAGAACAGAGUCAGCAAGAGAAAAAGCUGAAUUACAGAGGCAAGAGAAAGCUAUUGCCAUCAGACUGCAUAAUGAAAUCAGAGCACAAAUUGCUCAAAGAAACGAAAGAAGAAAAGAGGCAGAAAAACAAGCACUUAAAGAUAAAUUUGAAGAAAGAAUCAGACAGAUUGAAUUACAACAGCAACAACAAGCCUUGGAAAGAAGAGCAAAUGAAAGAAAGAGAAGACAAUUACAAAAUGAUAAGUUGGAACUUAUGCAGAAAAUUUCAGUUCUUAAUAAUAUCGAUGAUAAUGUAAAUGAUCAGACAAUUCAGAAUUUGGCUAAUGAGUUUGGCAUUAAUAUGGAUGAUAUAUAUGCUAAGGCAAAGAAUAAGAGAGGUGAAUCUUCCCUUUACCUCUCUAUGAGAUCUUUGGAUUCAAAGAGCCAACAGUAA